GGUGUUUGUUUCUGAAUUGUCUGAAUUAUAGCAAACCGCUCUAACAUUAAUGACUGUUAUUUUGUGUUAGUAAAGCGCAUCCACGCGAGUAACAAUAGGUGCGUCUCAUUCAUUAUAGUGAAAGUCAAUGUCAAAUAACUGUUAGUUAAUGAGAUAAACGGACGGAUUUAGACAUAUUUAGUUGGCAUUUAAUUUCCCUUCUGUUAACGGUUCUUAUUUUAGUAAUGACACAUGAUUGUAAAGAUGGCGUUUAUUAAAGAGGAGAGUGAAGACGUGGAGAUUGAAGAAGCAUUCCGAGUCAAACAUGAAGAGACUGAGGAACAAACAGACCUCAUGCCAGUGAAAGAGGAGCGCAUAGUACCGAAUGAAACGGAAGAGAAUGAACAAAAUGAGGCUCAUCAUGAUUUUAAAACUGGAGAAGAAUCUUUCAGUUGCCCACAGACUGAAGAGAAAACCGCUCAUAAAACGGUAACUGAAAAUUAUUUCACCCCAUUUCACUCUGAAAAGAGUUACAGUGAACAUGGAAACCUUGAAGUCCACAUGAGAGUUCACACUGGAAAGAAGCGUUUCCCCUGCCAACAGUGUGGAAAAAGUUUUACUCAAAACGUAAACCUUAACAGACACAUGAGGAUUCACACUGGAGACAAACCUUAUACCUGCACACAGUGUGGAAAGAGUUUCGAUCAACAUGGAAACCUUAAAGUGCACAUGAGAAUUCACACUGGAGGGAAGCCUUAUUCCUGCCAACAAUGUGGAAAAAGUUUCAAUAGAAAAGGAGAUCUUACUGACCACACGAGAGUUCACACUGGAGAGAGCCCUUUCCCCUGCCAACAGUGUGGAAAACGUUUUACUCAAAAAGUAAACCUUAACAGACACAUGACAAUACACACUGGAAACAAGCCUCACAUCUGCCCUGAGUGUGGAAAGAGUUUUGAUCAACUUGGAAACCUUAAAGUGCAUAUGAGAGUUCACACUGGAGAGAAGCCUUACACCUGCAAAGAGUGUGGGGUCAGUUUCACUCAUGAAGGAAACCUUUACAGGCACAUGAGAAUACACACUGGAGAGAAGUCUUUCACCUGUCAACAGUGUGGAAAAACAUUCAAUAGAAAAGGAAGUCUUAAUGACCACAUGAGAGUUCACACUGGAGAGAGCCCUUUCCCCUGCCAACAGUGCGGAAAGAGUUUUACACAAAAAGUAAACCUUAACAGACACAUGAGAAUUCACACUGGAGACAAGCCCCACACUUGCUCUGAGUGUGGAAAGAGUUUUUAUCAACAUGGAUACCUUAAAGUGCACAUGAAAGUUCACACUGGAGAGAGACAAUUUAUCUGCCAAAUGUGUGGAAUAAGCUUCAUUAAAAAAGGAUUCCUUACCAGGCACAUGAGAAUUCACACUGGAGGAAAAGCUUAUACAUGCCCUCAGUGUGGAGAGAGUUUUGAACAACAUGAAAGCCUUAAAGUCCACAUGAGAGUUCACACAAGAGAGAGUCCCUUCACCUGCCAACAGUGUGGAAAAAGUUUUACUCAAAAAGGAAACCUUAGCAGGCACAUAAGUAAAUUUCACUGCGUUUAUUAAACACAAACUUGGUCAGCAGAUGAGGAUUAAUUUGAGAGAACUGUUUUAUGUCCUCAGUGUGGAAGUAGUCAUGUAAUAAUAUUAUGAUGUUGGCCAGUAGUCUCUGGUGUAUAUUCAGCAGGAUUCUAUAUUUAGAAGGUGUUGUUUGGCACCGUUAAAGUUGGGUACUUGAUCUUGGACUUGGACUCAAGUCUGAGCUUUAAUAAAUCUAAUAAAAAUAAAUGCAGACAUCCUACAACAUUUAGAUGCAAUGAAAGGUUGCCUAUCAUAUUUCAAAAUCAACUUCAGUUUACUUAAAUUUAGUUUAAAUAUAUACUUAAUUUAAAAACAGCCACAGGCCGACCAAAGUACUGUACAAGUUAGCAUAAAAUGAAAAGAAUUAAGAACUCUAAUGGCAGCAAAACAGUUAACUCUUAUAAGUUAAAAACAACAAGAGAAUAAAUACUUUUUGAUACAAGACUUGAACUCAAACAAAGUGGACGUCAAUCUAAUAUAGAGUGGGAGCUUGUUCCACAGUGUUGGACCAGCUUCGUCAACAGCUCGGUUACCCCUCGAUUUUACCCGGAUUUUGGGUAUCUGAAGGAGGAGCUUAUUUUUGGAUCUAAGGCCUCUAGUGGGGAGUAGGGAUGAAGUACAUUUGACAAAUAAAAGGGUGCUAAACCAUUUAAUGAUUUAAAUACCAGUAAUACAAUUUUAAACUCAAUUCUAAAAUUAAUCGGAAGCCAGUGAGGGGAUCUCAGAAGGGGGGUAGCAUGAUCAGAUUUCCCCUUUCCCUUCAGGAAUCUCGCCGCAGCAUUUUGAAUGACCUGUGAGCUGGCCACUGCGAUAUAGCAGUCUCCAAGGAGUGCUUAGGAAGAAAGGAUUUGAUUUUUGAUAGAGAAUUUAAAGACAAAAAGCUGGACCCAAUGGCCACACCAAUCUGCUUGUCAAAUUUGAGGAAACUAUCUGCCAUCACACCUAGAUCCUCAAGACAUGCUGUUAGGUUGCCUAGAGAACUCUUAUUUUUCCUAGACAUGCCAUAUAGAUUUGCAUAUCAUCGGCCUAGGAAUUCAAUGAAACAUUAUGUUUCCUAAAAAUGGAACCCAAAGGGAGAAGAUAGAGAAAAGGGGACAGGAGCUAAAACCGAGCCUUGAGGCACGCCACAGGAUAGAUUGUGAAGAGAAGAGAAAUGUCCUAUUUUUAGAGAAAAAAGUACAUUCAUUAGAAAAUAUUUAAACCAACGUAAAACAGCACGCAAUGGUAUCAAAAGCAGAGGACAGGUCCAACAUUACUAAAAUGACAGAGUCCCCUGAAUAUGUUGCCAUAUGAAUAUCAUUACUAACUCUUACAAGAGUUUGUCUGUGCUAGUGUUCCUACGACAGACGAGCUUAGAGUGGUUAAAAUCAUCCAGGUUUAAAUCGCACUCAAAUUGAUUAGAUUUUGACACAAUAUUUAAACUGAAGCUUGCAGCAGGCAGUUAUGGUAAACAGUGUUGGGGUAAUGCUUUGCAAGUAACGCAAGUUAUGUAAUCAGAUUACUUUUUCCAAGUAAUUAACUAGUAAAGUAACACAUUACUUUUUAAUUUACAAGAAAAUAUUCAAAAAAGUAACGCCAGUUACUUUGUUUUCCCAUUUAUUGACUGCCAAGUCUCCCGUCCCCAUUUUGGAAGAAAUUUGAAGUACAGAGGUGUUGUGUGCACUGUGUGAACAUGAUGUAGUUCUAGACUAAAUGUGAAUGUGCACUGAUUCUUCGCACUAACAACAACAACAAAAAAAGAUUUUGUAUUCAUCAAAAUUAUUUAAAACUUGACAAAAUGACUUAAACUCAUAAUAUCACAUAAACCUGCAAUAAUUAAAUGUUAAAUAAGACAAAUGUAUCUAAUCCCAUUAUAUUAACUAAUGUAUUUGGUGCUGACCAUUGAUGAUCCAGUUCAACCAUACUAAAAGCAAAAGUGAUAUUGUAAUGCAUUACCUCUAAAAUUAACUUUACCCAACACUGAUGGUAAGAGGCAGGACAUUUGUAAAAGAGCAUAAUAGGAUGCAUUUAAAAGCGUACUGAUGAUAGGCAAUUGUUUAAGAUCUCAUAAGAAAUCUGUAAUCUGUCCCUUUUCCACUUCUUUUCUGCUUUUCUGCAUGCCUGUCUCAAGGAACGAAAACUAUUUUCAACCCAUGCCUUUAACUUAGAUGUAGAUUUUGGAUUAAAGAGCUUAAAAUGAGCUAUAAGGUUUAAAAUAUCUGUCCAUGCACUGUUUAAAACAAUAAAAUCAAGAUCCAAUAAUACACUCUAAUGAUAAAAGAGGGUUGACCUCAUUAUAGAGCUUGACAAAAUCCUCACAAACAUGAGGCAAAUAUUAACAGGUUUGUGUACCAUCAGAAGCCAGUGGGAGGGAUGAUUUAAAUAAAACAGUAAAAUGAUCAGAGAUGACAAAAUCAAUGACUUCAGCAUCAGAUAGACAAUAGGGCCUUCCACACCCCGGGAACCUUUUCAUAGUACCAGAAAUGAUUUUGGAAAACUACCCACUUUUGGGCAUUUUCGCACCACUGGAACUGGGCACGAUUUUAGUACCGGACUGCUUUUUUCAAGAACCAAAUUAGAUCCUACUCUGGAGCAGGGUCUAACCAGCACAACUAGUACUUAAAAAAUGCCCUCACCCUCCAUGAUUUAAAACAAUGUGCAAACACACUGUAAACAUUGUGUCAACUUAUUUCGCAAGUGUGGAAAACAGCAAUAGAUGGACGGACUCUGAAGUGCUUGUACUUUUAAACAUUUACACAGAAGGUACGUACUGAGGAAAUCCAGUUGGAAUUCAAAGGAAAAAAAAAUGAACAAAUAAGUGUCCGUGUCUAUUGCUUCUCAGCUAGCGGCACUGGGUAUCCAGCAUACAGCUCAGCAGUGCCAUGACACAAUUAAGAAGUUAAAACAAGACUAGAAAUUAAUUAAAGAGCACAACAAUCAGAGUGUUGCCAGGUAUCAUCUACUGGACAACAUUCUUGGCCACAGACUGGCUUAUUCUGGUAGUGCCGGGACAAAGGAUUCAGCUCUUGGGCUAAGGGGGAAGCUGACCGUGGAGAGUUCACCAACCAACUCAAACAAGGUUUGUGCAACUGUUAAAGUUGUAUGAUAAAGACGCUUACCGUAUUUUCCGGACUAUAGGUCGCACUUUUUUUCAUAGUUUGGCUGGUCCUGCGACUUAUAGUCAGGUGCGACUUAUUUAUCAAAAUUAAAAUUAAUUUGACAUGAACCAAGAGAAAUGAACUAAGAGACAUGAACCAAGAGAAAACAUUACCGUCUACCGCGCUCUAUACUGCUAAGUACUCCUGUAGUCUACACUGAAGACAUAGAGCGCCCUCUCGUGGCUGUAGACGGUAAUGUUUUCUCUUGGUUCUUGGUUCUAAAUAAAUGCGACUUAUAAUCCAGUGCGACUUAUAUGUUUUUUUCCUCAUCAUGAUGUAUUUUUGGACUGAAGCAACUUAUACUCAGGUGCGACUUAUAGUCCGAAAAAUACGGAAAUAAAAACUUUAUUGUCUAUAGCCCCUUUAUGUAGAUCUCAAAGCGCUAAACAAAAACAGAUAAUAUACUGUAUAAAAAUAUGCAAAUACAUAAAUAUCAAAACAACAACAAAAUAAUUUUAUAAAUAAAUAAUACAAAUCUUUAAUUGAAAGUUACUCUUAAAAUGAGUUUUAACCCUCUGGGGACGGAUUAGGCGGUACCGCCCAAAAUGGCAUACUUUUACAAAUGUGUAGUUAUCUCAAAAACUAUUAAUGCUACAGAGAUGCGGGUUUUUUUGCCGUCUUCCUCAGAUUCCGCUGAAAACAGCGGUGUCCAGUUUGUAUAUUAAACACUUCCCUUAUUGCGCAAUACCACUGCGUAAACAGGCCAAUGAAAACGAUUGUGCUAGGCAGAUUCAACACGCAACAGCCAAUGGACAAAUUGCCGCUGGGAGGAGUCUUUUUCUAACCCAAUCAGAGGAAGGUUAUGUCUUCUAGCGAUUCAGAGGACUCUGUAGCUCUGCUGUAGCCUUGUAAAAGCUGGCUGGACUAAAGUAAAAGACAUGUAAUCAAUAAGCGUUCAGAGAAUCAGCAUCAGGGUGGAGAAAGCAGAACGCGAUCGGAGUGUUACAGAGAGCGAUCGGAGUAUUAGCGAGCACAAAGAGCUAAAUUCGAGCGAUCGGAGAAUCAGCAUCACGUGGAGAAAGCAGAAAGUGAUCGGAGUGUUGGCGAGCACAAAGAGAUAAAUUCGUGAGAGAUACAGCAUUAUUACAGAAUUGUUUUAUCAAAAUGGCAAGCAGUAAAAGAUUUACGGCAGAACAAGCUCUGGAACAAUUACUGGAAAGGCCUGGAGAGGCCUUGCUUUGCUCACUGGCAUGCCUAGGACUGUUUUUUAAAAAAGUUAAUUAUUUAAUUGUUCUUUACAUAUUUGAUUAAACAAUAACACAUUUCUGUCAAGCGAAGAGUUUGAAAAAAUAUAUUUUCUUUGUUCAAAAACUGUUCUAUAUUGUGUGUUUUUCAGUAAUAAAUGACAAAAAUCUAAUUUUCGUUUUUGAAAUUCUCUAGUUUAUUGUAAAAUGUUUCACUCAUACUUCCUUUAUAUAAACAUAUUGCAUGCAUGCUUAUGGUAGCUUAGGGUCUUCUGAAUCCAUAGAUACCAAACACAGGGUGUUUCAUCUCCUUUACAUAUGAUUUAUAAGCCCAAAUAUAAAAAUAGAGAAAACAGACCAAAAAGGGCUUAGUCCCAAAAAUAAAAAAAAACGCCUAGGACUGUUUGUAAAUAAAGUUAAUUAUUUAAUUGCUCUUUACACAUUUGAUUGAACAUUAACCCAUUUCUGUCAAGCAAAGAGUUUGAAAAAUAUAUUUUUGGGUCAAAAACUUUUAACUAUUGUUGUGUGAGGUAGGAUUUUCAGUAAUAAAUGACAAAAAUCUCAUUUUCGUCUUUGAAAUUCUCUAGUUUAUUGUACAAUUUAUCACUCAUACUUCCUUUAUAGACAUAUUGCAUGCAUGCUUAUGGUAGCUUAGGGUCUUCUGAAUCCAUUGAUACCAAAUACAUGGUGGUCCAUCCUCAUUACAUAUGGUUUAUAAGCCGAAAUGUAAAAAUAGAGAAAACGGACCAAAAAGGGCUUAGUCCCCUAAGGGUUAAGGCGAGAUUUAAAAAUGCUAAGAGUUUUAGCUUGCCUUAUCACAAUAGGUAAAGAAUUCCACAGUUUGGGAGCUAAUCGCGCAUCAAUAAUAAAGCCCUAUCACCCUUCAAUAUUAAACAGGUUAAUGGAACAGUUAAAAGGCCAGUUUCAGAUGAGUGAAGGUCAUGUUUUGGAGUAUAAGAAAUUAAAAGCUCAGACAAAUAUUGAGGUAGCAAACCCAUGCAAAGCCUAGAAAGUAAGCAUCAGAAUUUAAAAAUCAACCCUAAAACUAACAUAGCGCCAAAGUACAGACUCCAAAACCAGAGUAAUAUGAUCUCUCAUCCUAGUUCUUGUAAGGAUUCUAGCAGCCAAAUUUUGCACUACCUGCAAUUUGUUUAGGGUAGCUUUUGACACCCCCGCCAACAAGUCAUUACAAUAAUCAAUCCUGGUAAAUAGAAAGUGUUUCUCAACCUCUCAGCAACAGGAAAAGACUGCAUUGGACAAAAUAUUCUAUAUAAUAGUCUGGCAAAAUAUUUCUAAGAUGAUAAAAGUUACAUUUAAAUCGAAAAUCACCCCAAAAAUUCUUUAGUUUUAUUUUAAAUUCCAUAAUUGAACCAUCAACAGGCAAAGUAACUGACCUAGCUUUAAGUAAUUGGUGGGGUUAACCAAUGAGCAUAACCUCAGUUCUCUUUAGAACAUUCAUUCGUUAUCUCACUAUGGGAAUUGCCUCGGGCGUUGGUGCUCCAAUUACAAUUACGACAGUGAUAAAGGAGUCCCGUCUACUCAGUAUAUACCAUUGCAUAACGGUCCCCACCUCAUUCUCGUUCUCUUCCCCGUGAAGAUCUUUCGGAAGCUAUCCUCAGCAGAUCCUCGAUGAGUGGCUGCUUAACUGUUGAUGGACGAACCGACCUUUAGGUACAUCACCGAACACAGCUGCUUUUUGGAUGGGAAAACACUCUGUUAAAGUGAAUAUUUUUUUACUGCUUUUUUUUUAUUUACCAGUGGUGACCAGUGCAUCUAGGCAGAAUCUCAUUUUUUUAUUGAGCAGUUACAGCUUUUUCUCUUAAUAUUCUCUCACAUUAAGUGGUGAACAGAUUGUUACGAUCCCAGACAUUUACGGGAAUAACUUGUGGUAAGACCCGUUAUCGAGAGGCACGGUUGUGGUGAUCUUGUUAAUCUCUUGGUGUUCGCAUCUCUGUUAUGGUUACUGCAAGUCCAUCCAGCAGCACAGCGAAAGGGAAAGAUUCCUCUUCCAUUUCCUCUUCUGAGUCUGAUCAUACCAACUUGAAAAAAAGUAAGAGAGUGUGGUCACUCAUUAAUUUUGAUCACGCCAAACUGGACAGGGAAGUUGUGGCUGACGGAGAUAAUUCAGCUUCUGCACGAUUGGUCCUGGCCCUCUCCCAAUGCGCAGAGACCUCCUCUCACAAGCUCGCCGAGAGAUUUUUCAUCCGGCCCCGGACAAAGUGGAUCUGGAUAUGAUAGAAAAUGGAACGUAUUUGAAUUGUGGUGCGCUCAAAGGCAAACUGUUCUUUUUCAAUAUUCAGUGGCAGAGGUGUUGUGUUUACUGCAAUAACCUUUAGAUAUGGGUAGAGCCUUCUCUACCUUUAAGGUUUAUCUUGCUGCAAUUUCUGCUUGCCAUGUGGGGAUUGACAGGAAUACUAUAGGCCAACACCCACUUGUGUGCAGGUUUAUGAGGGGUGCGUGCGUGUGAACAGGAAUUUCAAAGCUGCUGUUUCCAUUGUGGGUUCUGUCCAUGGUCCUUAACGCACUCUGUCAGUUGCCUUUUGAGCCAAUAGAUAAUAUAUAUUUUGAUUUUGAGCAGACAGAUAAGCUCCUUUCGAUAAGGUUGCUUUGUUAUUGGCUCUGAAUACCGCGAAAUAAGUUAAUGAACUUCAUGCUUUGCCGGUUCAUAGCUCUUGUUAGGUAUUUGCUGCAGAUUUCUCAUGAGUAUCUCUCAAGACUAACCCAGCAUUUGUGCCUAAGGUGAGCGAGUCAACUUUCGUCUGUAGACAGUUGGAUUUACUGGUUUUUCAUUGCCCCCCUUUUUCCUCAUUGGAAGAAGAGUAGUUUUAUUGUUUGUGCCCUGUCCAUGCGUUGUAUCACUACGUGGACAGGAUAGAGUGUUGUUUUCUCCAUUCGAGCAUUGUUUGUUGUGUGUAGCACUCAACCACAUUGUCAGACCCUAAGUAUUUGCUAGUUCGUACAAGUUAAAUGGAGGUGAAAAGGACAAGGUUUUUUUUUUUUUGUACUUAGGUUGUUGUUUAUACCUUUUUGCAAUAUGUUUGAGUACAACUUACCAACCAGGCAGGCAUUAAAGUACCUUUUUUGCAACCAUUAUAUGUUUUGUUACUGCAUAUGUACACUAUUUAAAAUGUAAUUUUUAUCUUUAUGUAAUUCUAAAAUGUUGUUCUGUCUUUGUCUAGGUACAUCACCAGAGUCCUCUUUUGUUGCAGAGGCACAACAUAGUGAUGCCAAUUUGAUGGACAUUAGUGGCACUGUAUGCAGUGCCUUCAUUUCCACGUCUUGCAGUAUCCCCAGCCGCCCUGUCUCUGUACCACCUGUAAUGUCCUUGUUCUCUUUUAGUUGCAAAGAGACGAAUGGUUGAUGCUAGUGUCGUAAGCCUGGUGAAAGAGAUGAUGGAGAAAGAGGAAGUGGACUGCAGACAAUGUCAAUAAGGCUUUGCAUUUAUCCUGACUUUUUAAUGGAGCUGGCACAGAGAGAAGCUGAGGAGCAUGAACGGCUGCUUGUACAGUGUCAUUUUGUCAUGUGUCACUUUGUUUAUAAAAAUAAAGUAUGGAAAGAAU